AGUUCAGUUUGUCACAUCUUUCAAAAUUAAAUGUCUUUCGGCGUUUCGUUUUCGGCGGCGGCGCGGAAGCUUUUAUAAACUUUGGUAUUUGCAAGGAAUGUUUUGUUUGUCAUAUAAACUUAGGACUGCUAAUGAUAGUAGUAUUUAAAUAAAGAAGUAUGGCUGGCAUAAAAUCGCUUGCUGUCAGGGGUAUAAGAAGUUUUGGGCCAGAAGACAAUGACGAACAACGUAUAUCUUUUGAAAGGCCUUUAACAUUAAUUUUGGGACAGAAUGGUUGUGGAAAAACAACUAUUAUAGAAUGUGUACGCUAUGCUCUUACUGGACAGAUGCCCCCGGGUAGUCGUAACGAUUGUUUUGUCCACGAUGCUAAAGUUAACAGAACAACAGAAGUUUUAGGACAAGUUAAAUUAAAGAUUGUAAAUGCAAAAGAUGAACAACUGGAAAUUGCAAGAUCUAUGAGAGUGACAGCGCUACAGAAGAAGAAAAGUAAAUUUCAGACAUUAGAUUCAUUUCUCUCAGUAAUUGAUGAGAAAGGAAAAACUAAGGACAUUUCAUCAAGAUGUGCAGAUUUAGACUCCAUGAUGUAUGAACAAUUAGGAGUAUCAAAAGCAAUAAUGAAUUCAGUAAUAUUUUGCCAUCAAGAAGAUUCCAGCUGGCCGCUAGAUGAAGGGAAAAAAGUAAAGGAACGUUUUGAUGAAAUAUUUGAAGCAGAUAAAUACAGUGACUGCUUUGAUCGGUUAAGAAAAAUAAGGAAAGAAUAUGAAACUGAAAUAAAAGUAUUAGAGCAGAAAGUGGCAAAUUUAACAGACAAAAAAGAAAAUUUGGAUAAGAAAAAAUUAGAUGUUGUAAAUACUGAAUCAAAAAUCUCCGAAGCUGAAAUCAGGGUGGCUGAACUUGAACAAGAAAUUAAACCACUAUCAGAAAAGAUUAAAGCCAUAGAAACAUUGCAGAAGAAUUUAGUGACAAUAGAAACGAAGAGAGAAAAAAUUAAAACAAAAUUAGAGCAUUUCACAACUCAAGAACAAGAAUUGAAAAGUGCCAUAACCAACUUAUUUGAAGGAUCACAAGCUGAGUUGGAGAAAAAUAUAUCCAAUUACGCGACAACUGCCAAAACUAAGAAGGAAGACUUAGAUAAUUCGUACAAGCAAAAUAAUAAAUUCAAUAUAGAAGAGGAAAAAAUUGCCAAUGAAAAAACAUCAAACGAAAUGAAGUUUAAAGAAUUAAUACUUUUGGAAAGUCAAAACCAAGAUAAAAUUGAUAAGAAGAAUACUAUGAUAGCAAAUACUGCAAAGCUUGCUGAAAUAGAAAUAGAGAACAUUGAAAGCAGUGAAGAUGCUGUGAAAGCAGAAGAAGCUAUAAAGGACAAAAUAAAAAGCCUGCAAACAGAGCUGAGUGAUAAAAAGAGAGAAGCUGAUACUGAAGAGAAUAAAUUACAGGCAGAUGUAGACACAUGUCGUGAUGCUUUGUCUCGUCACAAGCAAAAAAUAAGUAACAAAGAAUCUGAAAUACAAAAUGUAAAAAAAGAAAUAACUAAAGUGGAAAAAGGAAUCACCGACACAAACAAGUCUAAAGUUCGAUUAGAAUUUUUGGAAAAGAAAAUGACUACAGCUGAAGAAGAUUAUCAGGAAGUUGUAAACGAGUUGAAUACGGAGGAAUGUCAAAAAUCGAUUAAUGAAGAUGAAGCUACGAUGGAGAAGAGUGAACAAGAACUUGAAGAGUUAAAUGAAAAGAUCAAUCAAUUACAAAAGCAAAGCGCCAAGUUAAAAGAGCGUGAUAUGAUAGAAGAUUCUUUAAAACAAAAAGAGAAACAGAUGAAUGUACUGAAGAACAAACACCGUAGUGUUAUCAGUGAACUGCUCGGUGAAAUGCCGGACAAGGGUUAUGCAAUGGCCAUUAACAAAUUGGAAUACGAAUUACGUACCGAAGUUGAUUCUGUUAAAAAGAAACUUAAAGAAAAAGAUACAAGUCUAACAAGUUUGGAAACUGAAAGGAAACACGUGCGCGAGCUGUUGACGGAGCGCCGCAAUGAGCUGACCGAAGCCGAAGAUCAGAUGUUCAAGGCUUGCGGCACUCAGACUUACGAGGCCACGCUCAACAAACUAAAUACUACUGUUGAAAAGUUGCAGGAAGAACAAAAUAUGCUCCAAUCAUCAAUGUUUAUAUUCACAAAAUAUAAAAAUCAACUCAAAGACAACAGUUGUUGUCCCCUGUGUAAUCGAGGAUUUGAUUCUGAUUCAGAAGCGUCAGAUUUAAUAUCACAAUUGACCACACAAGUAAUGAAUGUGCCGGCUAAACAAGAAAAAGUAUCAGAAGAGUUACAGAGAACAUCAGCAAAGAGGGAUGAUUUGCUCAGUAUGAAGUCUUUGAAUGAAAAAAUAAAGACCUUGAAAGAGAAAGAUGUACCUCAACUUGAAACCCGCUUGAAAGACGUUGAUACGCAAAUAGCAAAAUUAACAGAAGAAUCGGAAGAACUAUCAAUGACAAUAAUGGAACCGGAACAGAAGCUGCAAAACGCUAGACAGAUACUGAGUGACAUGCCGCUACUGGAUCGAUACACUAACGAAGUUACCACGGCAACUAAAGAUCUAGAAGCAAUCAAAGCUGAGUGCUCUGACAUGGUAAUUGAUAUUAGCUUAGAUGAAGCGACAACAAAGAAGAAUGCAUUGAGACAACAAAUCACCUCUUUAAGGUCCCAAAUAAAGCAAUCACAAACAAAACUCAACCAGCAUGCUAAGAAGUUACAGACCAUGGCCGAAAAGAAGAACAAACUUAAAGAGGAACAUCUUAAUGUGCAGAAAAAGGUCCAAGAGUUAGUGAAUUUACAAGAAAAUCUGAAACAAUUAGAAUCUAACAGAGAGAAAGCUCUGGUUGAAUUAAAAGAACUGCAAGAUGCAACAGCGCCUUUGGAAUUAGAUUUGAAAGAAAAGGAAAAAAUUAAGACUGAAUGUGUUAAGAAAAACAGGGCGGCGAUCGACGUCAAAAACGAUUAUAUAACUAAAAUUAAAAAUGCAUUUGAUAAAGUGAAAUCUAUUGAAAUGGAGAUCAAGCAACACAAAGAGAGAAAUGUUCAAGCUGAAAUGGAUAAAAUAAAAGAAGCAAAUGAACGGCUGAUGGACAAACAGAAACAGAUAAUGGUAGACAGAGAUACUCUUACUAAGAAAAUUGAUAGCUUGAAAGAUGAACUCGCCAAACAAGAUAUAUAUAAACGCAACUUGGAAGAUAACUUAAAGCUACGUAAAGCUCAAACUGAAAUUGCUAACAGUGAGAGUGAGUUAGCAGCUCUCAAUGAAAAGCUGAGCGGAGUCAACAUGGACAUGAUCGCUGAGAAGGAACCGCUAAUGGCAAAACAUGAGGAUUUAUUUAUAGAAAAGUUACAAACUGAAGGUCUACUGCGUGGAUACAAAGAAAGAUUGAAACAAUGUAAAAUGGAACUGAAGAAAGCUGUGAACGAGGGUAUAGAGAAACAGUACAGGGAAAAAUACUACGAUUUACAUGUUAUUAAAGCUCUAGAGAAAGAUAUUAAAGAUUAUUCCGUUGCCUUAGAGAAGUGCCUUAUGGAGUUUCAUAAAGAGAAAAUGGAAAAUAUUAAUCUAAUUAUAAGAGAAAUGUGGAGAAAAAUUUACAGAGGUAAUGAUAUUGACUAUAUUGAAAUUAAAACAGAAGGCAGCGCAACUUCUGACUCGGAUCGCAGGAAAUAUGAUUACAGAGUGGUGCAAUGUAAGAACGGCGUGGAGAUCGACAUGCGCGGUCGUUGCAGCGCUGGACAGAAAGUGUUGGCCUGUCUCAUCAUACGUUUGGCGCUGGCCGAGACAUUUAGCACAAGGUUCGGUAUCUUAGCAUUAGAUGAGCCAACAACAAAUUUGGAUCAAGAGAAUGUUAAAAGUCUUUGCGAGGCUCUCGGUGAAAUCGUUUUGGAAAGAAUGGCGCAAAAGAAUUUCAUGUUCAUCAUCAUCACCCAUGAUAGAGAAUUCAUCGAGUCCUUGGGCAGUAUUGACAAGGUCACACAUUUUUAUGAAGUAUCUAGAAAUGAAGAAGGAAAAUCCAGAAUCAAAAAGAUAAGAUUCACAUAAUGCAUAUUUUUUUACUCAAAAUCCUACAGUCAUCCCUAUCUCGAAUGUCAAAUAGCUGUAAAGAAGGCUGUGCCUUACGAAAUUUUUUAAAGUUAAGCAUUACAUUUU